GCCGUCCGAGCAAGCUGCUGAGUAAUUGAGUAGACAGUAUAUUCGGUUGAAUGAGAGUAUAAAUUAUAUAGGUACAUCUCUCUAGGGAAAAAUGAGUGGAAUCGUCGAAACUGUUUUGGGCCAAGUGAGGAGCUCCGAGCUCGGCAGGGUGUUGACUCACGAGCACUUGGCUCUGGAUUUCGACAAAUUUUACGCGCCGACGCCAAAACUUUUGCAAAACCUCGUCAGUGGACACAUCAACCUGGCCAACGUCGGUGUUAUCAAACAAUACCCCUACGGCUGCAAGUACAACAUCAGAUUCAACGAUGACGACAGUGCAGCAGCUGUGCUGGAAGACGUGGGCUUUUACAAGAAAAGCGGGGGCGGUACGAUCGUCGAGAACACGAGUCACGGCAUAAAGCGAGAUAUCCCGCUGAUGCGAAGUGUCAGCGAAAAAACUGGGGUACACGUGAUUGCCGGCACUGGCCAUUACGUAGCUCUCACUCAAAACGACAGCGUUUUAAAAUCGACGGAGGAACAGCUGUACGACGUGGCGAUGAAAGAAUUGACGGUGGGCUGCGACGAGGAUCCAUCGGUGAAGGCGGGCUUCAUCGGCGAAGUCGGGAGUUCCUGGCCCAUCGAAGAUUUCGAGAAGAGAGCCAUACGAGCCACGGCACGCGUGCAAGAGCAGCUCAAGUGCCCGGUGAGCUUUCACCCCGGCAGGGACGCCGCGGCCCCGUUCGAAAUUAUGAGAAUCUUCACGGAAGCCGGGGGCAGUGCCACGAAGGCCGUCAUGUCGCACCUCGACCGAACGUUGCUGAGGGACGAGGAGGUUUUAAAUUUCGCCGAAUUGGGCUCGUACUUACAGUACGAUCUUUUUGGGACCGAGUGCUCGCACUACCAGUUGCACGAGUCCACGGAUAUGCCCUCGGACGCCCAACGCCUCGACAAAAUGCUGUUGAUCAGGGAGGACGGGAGGUUGGAUAAGUUGCUGAUGAGCCACGAUAUACACACCAAACAUCGCCUGAUGAACUUUGGCGGUCACGGGUACGCUCACAUACUGAACAACGUUGUUCCGAAAAUGCUGAUCAAAGGAUUCACGGAGCAAGACAUUGACGCCAUUACCAUAACGAAUCCGAAAAAUUGGCUCUCGCAGUGAUCCCAUCGCGUAUAUAAGUAUACUUGAAAUAAUGCAAACGAUAGUAUUAAUCUAUAUUUUACCAAA